AUGUUGCCACGCCGCCUGCUCGCGGCAGCGCCUACCGGGGCGCGCGCCUUUGGGCGGAGGACGGGCGCAAAAGCGCACCUGCCGCCGGCACCGAAACGACGACAACAACCAGCGCCGCGGCGACGGGAUCCGCCGCAAGCGGUCGCGCGCGUCGUCGCAAGUGCGCCGGCGCCGCCGGCGCCGCCGCCGUCGCCCCUCGACGAGACGCUGGCGGCGCUCGCCGGGCCGCCCCGGGGCGGCGCCACGUCGUCGCCCGGCGCGCGGCGCGCCUACCGCGCCGCCGCGUACGAGGCCGCCCGGAAGGCCUGGGACGCGGCGCCCGCCGCGCGCCGGACGGCGGCGGGCUGGACGCUGAUCGUCCGGCUCGCGGCGGCCGCGGGCGCGCCCGACGCCGCCGCGGGCCUCGUGGACGAGUGGGCCGCGCGCGACGCGGCGGGCUUCGCGGCGGCGGGCCAGGGCGCGCUCGCCGAGGUCGUGCUCGGGUUCGCGCGCGCGGGCCGCGCGGCCGACGCGGUCGCCACCUUCGACGCGGCGCGGGCGCUGGGCGCGCUGGAGCCGGCGCCGCCGCGGCGCGCCUUCGACGGCUACCUCGAGGCGCUGGCGCUGCAGCGGCUGCCCGAGCGCGCGCUGCAGGUCCUGGGCGACAUGCGCGAGGUCGGCGUCCGGCCCGCGGCCGCGACGUACGCGGCGCUGCUCCGGGCGGCCGCGACGGCGCCGCAGUGGCACCCGGCCUACGGCUUCCUCACGGACGAGAUCCUCGACGCGAUGGAGGGCGACGGCGUCGCGCCGUCGGCGGAGCUCUUCGACGCGCUCGUGCGCUGCGCCGGCGCCUGCGGCGACCACGUGGCGGCGGCGGCGUACUUCCAGGCGGCGCGGCGGUUCGGCUGCGCGCCGUCGCCGGCCCGCUACGCCGCGUACCUCGGCGCGCUCGCCCGGGCCGCGACGGUCGGCGUGCGGGGCGGCACGCGGGGCCGCCACGUGCCCGCGGCGCCGUUCGCGGGCCUCGGCGUCGACGCGGCGGAGGCGGCCGCGCCCGCGGCCGACGUGUCCGUGACGACCGGCGAGGACGCGGGCGGCCGCGGGUUCCGGCGCAAGGGCGAGGCCGGCCCGGCGACGCCCGUGGCCGUGGACGACGACGACGCGGGCGACGACGCCGACGUCCGGGCCGCGCUGGCGGCGGCGCUCGCCGAGGCGGGGCUCGACGCGGGGCCGCCGCGGCCGGCGGCCGGCGCGGGCGACGACGACGUCGAGGCCUUCCUGGAGACGCUCUUCGAGGCCGCGACGGAGGAGGACCUCGACGCGCUGAUGCAGGCGCUGCCCGACGACGACGAGGAGGCGACGGCGGUGGCGACGGUCGGGAACGGCUUGCCGCGCCUCCGGGAGAUGGCGCUCGAGGGCGCGCCCCGGAACUCGGUCGAGCUGCGGGACCGCCAGGCGGCGGUCCUCGGGCUCGCCGAGGCGGCGUGGGCGGCGCUGCUCGACGACGGCCUCGCGCCGGACGCGGCGUGCCUCAACGCCUACUACUCGGUCUACAGCCGCGCGCUGCGGCGGAAGCGGGCGGCGGCGAUCUACGACACGUUCGCGGAGCGUUUCCCGGACCGCUUCCCGGACGCGCGGACGGCGCGCCACGCCGUGGAGCUGCGCUGCCGCCUGGGGGACCUCGAGGGCGCCCGCGCGCUGUGCGCGGCGUCCGACGAUCCGGAGGCGCUGGGCGCGGCGCUCGACGCGCACGCGCGCAAGGGGGACCUGGACCGCUCCCGCGAGCUCUGCGCGCGCCUGGUCCGGGCCUACGCGGCCUACGCGGCGACGGGC